AUGAGCGAAACACUAAGCACACCCCGAGCAGGUCCCAGUAACACAAGUGGUGACAAAUCAAACACCUCACCACUCCCAAUACCACCCCUCGCACGUUCCCAAUCACACCAUUCUACCGCCUCAAAGGCUUCGAAGCCCAUCUCUCGCACUAGUUCACAACCUCCGACAAACCGUGAAGUUCUACUGCUCCUCGCAGAUGCAGAAUCUGCCGUGCGCGAUCUCCGCGCAGACGUCUCUCUCUUGAAUUCACAACUCUCAUUCGAGCAGGACCGUGCUGAUAAUGCAGAGCUUAAAGCAAAGGAAGCAUGCCUACGGUUCAAAGAGGCCAACGAUGCGCGCGUAGUCUCUCAAAGCGAGAUUGUACGACUGACAGAAGAGCUAAGACUAUACAAAGACGCUCUCGAACAAGCCCAGAAGGAGAUUUUCCGUGCGCAGGGCGUGAUGAAGGACGUCGAAGACAGGAGGAGGGAUGCAGAGGAGAGCGCUGCAAAGUCAAGGACUAGGUUGCGCAAAUUGAUGGAGGAGAAGAUGAUCGAAGUCGCUCGUGAGGAAGGCCGUAAACAGGGUCUCCAGGAA